ACUCUUUCAUUACGCUUUAUAUUUUCCCAUUGUGAAUUAUGAGUCUUGUCUACGGGUAUGAAAUAGAAGGAGAUACAGCCGGUGGUAAUGGCCGCAUUGUGGUUCCUCCUUUGCUUAAGGACAAAAUCACUGUUUCAACUUCCUCUAACACCAACAAGUGGGUCUUUAUUGGUAGCCGUGCCGAAAUUCUUCACUGGAUCCGUCAGCAUUCCAAUCUCAUCUUAGAGAAUGCUAUAUUUUCAGGCGGAGACCGUCCAUCGUUUCACACUCACAAUGAAGUGGUUAUCGAUUUGCUCAACUAUAGCGACCCAGAGCAGUCUUUCUUCCAGUAUGUUCGAUCUUACGUGAAGACGGAUAACAACAUUGAUAAGGUGAAGGUGGAAAUCAGACCCAAAGUCGAGAGUAAAGACCAAAAUAUCAUGACCGCAUGCCGAAUCAUUGUCAAUUCGGGCGUCUCAUUGGCCUCGAUUGUUGACAAUUUGGAGGAAAAGUGGAACGCCCCUGGUGCCAGCUAUGUGCAACAAGCAGUUGAUUUAUUCAAUGAAGUGCCUGGACCACAGCAUGUGUUGAGCUCGGAUGUGCCAGUUGGCGUUCAAACCGAGAGUCGCCAGCCAACUAUCUGAACUGUUUCAAUUGCCAGCUUCAUAAUUGGCCUUAUUGUUCAUAAUCCAAAUAUAUAUUUUACUUAUAUUUCAUAAAUACUAUGAUCUCCUCU